AUGCGCGCUUUCACAACUCUGGCAGCUGUGGCUGGCGUCCUCGCCUCGGGCGCCUCCGCUGAGAACUAUCUCGGUUUCAACUCAGGAUCCACCAAGGCCGACCACUCGGCCAAGUUCAAGGCCGACUUCCUCCAGGAGUUCAAGACCGCUCAGAACCUCGAGAGCGCCCCAGGAACAUUCAACGCUGUGCGUUUGUACACCAACAUCCAGGCCUACUCCAAGGACGACCCCAUCUCGGCCUUCGAGGCCGCCGUGGAGACCAAGACCAAGAUCCUUCUCGGUGUCUGGACCUCGGGCACCGAUAGUAUCGCCAACGAGCUCAACGCCCUGAAGAAGGCCAUCGACAAGUAUGGCAAGUCUUUUACCGACCUGGUCAUCGGCAUGUCCAUCGGCAGCGAGGAUCUAUACCGCAUCUCCGAGACCGGUAUCAAGAACGAGGCGGGCGUCGGUGCUGGCCCUGACGUCCUGCUCAAGUUCAUCAGCGAUUACAAGAAGUCGGUUGCCGGGACUGCUCUCGCCAAGGUCCCCAUCGGUCACGUCGACACCUGGGAUGCCUACACCAACGCCACCAACAAGGCCGUAGUCGACGCUCUCGACUGGGUUGGUGUUGAUGAGUACCCCUACUAUGAGAGCGGUAAGGGCAACCACAUCAAGAACUCGGGCAAGCUUUUCGACCGCGCCUACGAUGCCGUUGCUGCCGCUGUUGGUGACAAGCCUAUCUGGAUUACCGAGACUGGUUGGCCCGCUUCCGGCCCUGACUGGGAUGAGGCCGAGGCCACCGUCGCCAACGCCAAGUAUUAUUGGCAGGAGAUCGGCUGCCGCAAGCUCUUCAACAAGGUCCCCACUUUCUGGUACAACCUCCGUGACUCCAACCCCGAUAACAAGAUGCAGUUCGCCAUCACCAAGGAUCUCUCCACCAAGCCUCUCUUUGACCUCACCUGCCCCACCACCUUUGACACCCCCACCGGUACUUCUGCUUCUACCGCUAGCGCCACCGGCUCCCAGACCAGCGUGAGCGCCCCCGGCAGCUCUGCCACUGGCGGUGCCGGCAGCACUGGUGGAAGCACUGACUCCGGCUCUUCCGGGACUGGCACCGACUCCGAGGCUUCCAACCAGGAUGAUGUCGUCGAGGGCAGUGCUUCCCUCGGCAAGGGCCUCUCGGCUGUCACCAUCGCCGGCCUGGCUCUCGUUGCCGGUGUCUUCGCUCUCUUCUAA